CCGCCGCGCUGAGGUGACGGAGCGGCGCUGAGGUGACCUCAGCCUCCGGCAUGGCGGCGGCGGCGGCGGGGGCGGGGGCCCGUUAGCCCCGCCGGGGGGAGCUUGUCCGCAGCGGCCGCCGCCCGGGCGAGGGACGAGGAGGACGAGGAGGAGGGGAGAAGACGGGCCUCCCCCUCCACCCCCCACUUCCAGCCCGCCUCAGCCCCUCGCGGGCAGGGAUGGCCUCUCUUGACCAUCAGUCGUCCUAAGCGGGCCUUUCACGACUCGCGGAGGUGUUCGGACUGGUUUUGGAACUCUCCCAGACGAGCCAAUGGCGUCCUCAACUGCCGUGCCGGUAGGCUUUCACUACGAAACAAAGUACGUUGUCCUCAGCUACCUAGGACUCCUUUCUCAAGAGAAACCACGAGAGCUGCAGGCACCUUCAGCUCAAGGGACCCACCCGCCUGCGUCGUCUCAACCGCUGGACAGAGAGGUUCUGGGGAAGGUGAAAGCUGAAAUUGAAGAGGAGCUAAAGUCCUUGGAUAAAGAAAUUUUGGAAGCCUUCGCCAGCACGGGCUUUGACUGCCACACGUCUCCGGUGUUCAGCCCGGCCAACCCCGAGAGCUCAAUAGAAGAUUGCUUGGCCCAGCUCGGCGAGAAAGUGGCCCAGGAGCUGAAGGAACCCCUGCACCAAGCGCUGCAGACUCUGCUCAGCCGGCCAGUGACCUAUCAGGAAUAUCGGGAACGUGUACUGGAGACAGCUUCUCAUGCCAGCGGAUGGAAUAAGGUUUUGGUGCCUCUGGUUGUGCUCCAGCGAAUGCUGAAGGAGCUGACCCUGCGCGGACAGGAGCCCCUCGGGACCCUGCUGCAGUUCGGCGUGACGUACCUGGAAGACUUCGCCGCGGAUUACAUCAUCCAGCAGGGCGGAUGGGGAACCGUCUUCAGCCUGGAGCCGGAAGAGGAAACGUACCACGGAGCCAUCGCCGAGGACAGCAACGACAUCUACAUCCUCACCAGUGACAACUCCGGGCAGGUCAGCCCGCCGGAGUCUCCCACGGUGACUUCGUCCUGGCAGUCGGAGAGCCUGCCGGUCUCACUGUCCGCCAGCCAGAGCUGGCAGGCCGAGAGCCUCCCCGUGUCCCUGGGGCCCGAGUCGUGGCAGCAGGUGGCCAUGGACCCCGAAGACGUCAAGAGCCUCGACAGCAACGGCGGGGGCGAGGAGAGGAGCGAGAACAACUCGUCCAACUCGGACAUCGUGCACGUGGAGAAGGAGGAGCUCCCCGAGGGGAUGGAGGAGGCCAGGGGCGCCGCGGCGGCCCCACGGGCCGGGGCCCCGCCGGAGACGGAGCCCGAGGCGGCCGCCGCCGCCGCGGCCGAGGCGACGGCGCCCCCGCCGGGCAAGCCUCUCCCGAAGCCGGUCCCCAGAGCCGAGGAAGCGGCCCCGGCGCCCCAGCCCAGGACCGCGCGGCCUCCGGCGGGGGAAGCGGGAGCCCGGGAGGAGGGCCGCCUCUCGGAAGAGAAGCUCCCCGUCGCGGAGGAGAAGCCCAUCCUGCUGCCCGAGGGCAAGUCCGUGCUGCUGUACGGCGGGGUGGCCGCGGUGGCCAUCCUGGCGGUGGCCGUGGGGGUGGCCAUGGCGCUCAGGAGGAAAUAGCGGCUGUCGCGGAGGGGAAGGAGGCGUGCGAGAGGAUCCCCCUUCUCAGUUGCGUUGACCCAAGGUGGAGCCGGCCGCUGGUGACCGGACGUGCGUUGGUGACUCUUGGGCGGGAUGAGGGCGAGGGGCGGCGGGACGGGGCGGCGGCCGGCCGGCGUGGACACGGUGGGGGAGCCGGCUCGGCGACAGCCGGGCGGGCGGCCCCAGCGCCCCGUGGAUUCGGAUCCCGCCGGGACGCGGGUCCGGCGGCCGGACCCCGGGCCCGGAACCGCCACCGGGGGUGAGGAUCCGGCGGCGGAAGCUCCGUUCCCCGGUGACCGCCGGUCCCACGGCAGGGCGUCUUCCGUCCCCGGGGGUCCGGGGCUUCCCCGACACCCAGCCUGCGGCGGCGGCCGCUCCGGCUCUUCCCCCGUCCCCCUCCCUCUCCCGCUCCCUGUCCCGUGCGUGGCGUGAGUGAGGAUCUCUCCCCUUCCGUUUCAGCCGCCUCUCAGGUACUGCCCCGGCCCCGGCCCCGGCCCUCCCCGGCUUCCCCGUCAGCCCCAGGGUCGGAGUGCUUGCUCGCCGUCUGUGCUGACGCGCCCGUCUCCCCCCCCCCCCCCACCCCCCCCAGCUUCCCUCUCCGCACCUUGUAAUGAUGCUGCCUUUAGAAGUCUCCCGAGCCCCCUCCCUGCCGGGGCUGUCUGGCCUACCCCGCUCGGAGGAAGGAGGAGGACCGCUCUCGGCCGGAUCCUCCCCCUCCCCGAGAUGCGCCUGGGCCCGGCCCUGAGACCGCCGGCCUCCCGCGGCCCCUUCCGCCCAGGGAGCGCCCGCCUGCCGCCCCUUCCCCGUCACGCCCCCGCAUCGCGGCCCCGGGCCCAGGUACGGCGUCGGCCGGCCCUCGGGCGGGCCACGGGUCUCGAUACUAGCGUUUUCGGAGCCAAGCUUUGCCGACCGCCCGAGACGAAUUAGUUCACGGAUCGCGUCCGGGCCGAGACCGGAACGUCGGCUCGUGCGAGGCGGCCGCCCCCGCUGCCCCGACGGAGUUUCCACGCGGGUCGCCCCGCGGGGGUGGUGAGCGGAUGAGGGGAGGGGGUCGGGUGGACCGGAGGCCUCGUCGCCGGCACGGUGUCGUUACGCAGGCCGAACGUGCCUCGUGCAAAAAGUCAUCUCCGACUCGUCGGUAAAUGUAACUGAUUACUUUUUAGAUCCUGGAUUUUGUAAUAAAAUGACUUCGGGGAACAAAAAGGAAAAAACCCUAUCCCCAUCCCCCAAUGCA